AUGGCCAUUGUGCAAACCCCACUUUUGCAAGAAAAGACUAAUACGCACAUGGCAUCCCAUGGCCUAACUCUAUCGCUGGCCGGCCAUGUGUCCAUCGUGGACUCAGUAAUUGCCAGUCUCAAGAUCCUCAGUGAAGAAGUGGCUCGUGACCCAAUAUCUAACGCGUCUGUGAUAGAAAGCGAACCAAUUUAUAUCUCUUGCAAAAAAACCUUGCUCAGUCUUUCUCGGGUACAAUCCUGUGUUCCUUAUGUCAUCUCAUCUUUUAUCAAUCUCCUUGAUAAGUUGAACCGUCGCGAUAAUUUCGCAUACAUCAAAAAGAGAUCUGACAUCUCAUUGCACCAAAUAUUCCUCGUAUUAACUCUUCUUUCGGAUUUCACAGAAGCAAACUGGCGGUUGAAAGAACGUUCUGAGUUAAAUUCUAUUUCUUCACACUCCACUGAUGACUCAGAUAAAGAUUUCCCUCACCGUAUACCUCCAGACCCUUUGGAACCGAAGCUAGUGAUGAAGGCUUUGCAAGUUUUGGUCAAGCUCAAAUCUUUUAAAAAAUCGAGGUCUAUUCUUCGCCAGUUGAACGGAAAUCUGGCUUAUUUUGAACUAUCAAGUCUGAAUCAGGAGGUCGCCGAUAUCGAUUAUAACGUUGAUGCUCUUGCACGGUAUUUAGGGGCUGCUAGUCCUGCCGGAUACAGUAAGGCUACGGAAAUUGCAGUUACUGACAAUGCAAACAUCGAUAACAAUGACAUUCUUGGAUAUCUUGAAUUUCUUGCCUAUCUUCAUCUAACAUCAUUAUCAAUUGAAAAAGAGUUCCAACUAUUGACUUAUUUCACCGAUGUUUUCAAAAACGCUCAUAUUCAACAUACCCAUGCAUACUUUUUCAUCGAUUCGGUCAUUAAUUUUGCGGUUUGUUAUACCAAAGAUUUUACAGAAGUUACAAGUAAGCCGUCUGUCAAUAAAGUUGGUGAUGGCCAUUUUGAGAAAAUGUACCUGAAGUUCAAAUUCUCUUUGGAAGACGAAAAGAAAUUUUAUUAUCGUGCAUUGGCUAUUUCUUUGGUUCUAAUGCCAAAACAAUUUGACGUUUUCUUGAAUAACCUUGAUUCUAAUCCAAAUAAAUCCAAAUUAUUAAAGGCCGCAAAUAACAAAAAACAGAAAUUUCUUAAUUUAGUCGCCAGAAAUAUUUAUGAAGGUACAGAGAAAGUCCCAACUCUUGAAUUUUUCCUUGUGAUUUUUAAUAUUGCCUCAGUGGUAAUUCAGUAUGAACCUAACCACCCAGUUGUCACGUUCGCCAAAUCAUAUGUUUUGCAAGUCUACAAUGUUUUGAAUCCAGUAAAUAACCAUUCUCUCAUGAACGAUACUGAUAUUCUGGCAAUUGAUAAAAUUAGAAUCGAAUUCUAUUCUCUAGCUAUAGUACUUGCUCCAGAACUUAUCAAACCAAAAGUUAUUAACAUAAUUGCUAACCCAGAGACUUCGCUUCGGUUUUACUAUAUUAUCACGCAUGCAAUUUACAAUCUUAUCAAAAGACCUUAUCAUAGAGAAUUCGCCUAUAAAUUGAUCGAAACUACUGCAAUUACGUUACGUGAUCAUACUGCAAAACUUGCCCAAAUUGUACGUGAAACUGUAUCAGACUUUGAUGCCUUAGUUAGUGAUAACAGUUCCAGUACUCAUUCUUUGAAAUACUCUCAGAGUGUCCUCACCAGUGACUCACGUACUUUGUCGUCUUCAAAAUACUCAUCAACUACCUUGAACCAAAGUGCAUCACAAGCCUCACAGUCAGUAUCGACUGGCAUGCUUCCUUCUGAUUCCAAUGGAACACCUAAUUUUGCUCUGAAUUACAAUAGCAAUACAAUUUCUUCACCAGGCAAUAACUCUGAUAAUAAUAGCGGUGCUGAUUUAUCGUUUGAGAGCCAUCCUAUCGUGAAGGUUUCAACUAAAAAGUCAAGAAAAGAAACUUUUCUCUCGGUUUUGGGUAAACGUUCAGUGGGAAAUUCCAAAAAUUCCGUCUCAAGCGGUAGCUCCAAUAGUAUCCCUAAGCUUAGCAGCAAGAAGUCAGUUAUCAGCAAUAAAACAACCAACACUGCCAAAACUGAGAGAGAGAUUGUGGGAUAUAGCUAUAACAGCUUCAAUCCCGUGACGACGUCUCUUAGCGGUAAUGCUAAUUCUCUGUUUAAUGCCGAUAAGAUGAGUAUACACCUGUUUAAUUCUCAGAAUCGUGUCAACAAACCGAUAUCGGUGCUGAAUAUUGAAUACAUGAAGCGGGUAGAAAAUAAUGCAUUCCUCUCAAGAGAAAUUCUCAAGCUUGUGUUCCAAAUUUUUCGCACUUAUCUGAGUUUUUUCUUCAAAUUACCAUCGAUUUACAAUAGCAGUGAUAUCAAUACUUACACCAAUAAGGUGACAAAUGGAGUUCAUUUAGAAGCAAUACGUCAGACAAAAACCGUUCUCUUUGAAAUGAAACGUAUUUUGGAUCCUUUGCUUAUUUCUUUAGCUGAUAGUGAUAUGAAGCUUGUGGAGAAGGCCAGAAGGCUUGUGAUAAAAAUUUUGGAUGCUGAAGAUGGCCUGUUGGUGGAGACACAUCUUGCAUUUUUUAGCAGUUUGUAUUUACAAUCAGGAUUCAUUGAUAUUUCUUUGACGCUGUCUUUACACGAGAAAAGUUUUUUGGAAACAAUUUCUUUUAUUACAUUAUUCUGGUCGAAGCGUGUUAACAUUGUUAAUAAAAUUGAUAUGGACACCCUUGUUGAGAACAUUGGUUCUGAUGGUAUUGAAAUUCUUCACAAAUGUUUUGCUGAUAAUGAGAAAUUACUAUUGAUUGCCUUGGAAACCCCCGGAACAGAGUAUUAUAGAUCCUUGAAAUUGAUUUGCUCAAUGUACACUACAGAAUUAAAUACACCAGGGAAAUACAUCACCUAUUUGAGAAAUCUGGUUAAUUAUAAACUCUUUGAAAGCCUUGUUGAAGAAAACUAUUAUGUUAGUAGCCCAAUGGCUCUUCAAAAAAGAAUAAGAAAGAAAUUAUAUCAAAACUUGGAGGUUUUUUCAGAAGGAUUGCUUUUAGCGAUGGAUAUCGUUUACGAACGUUGGAAAGAAUAUUACCUCAUAAGAAAUCCGUCCAGUUUGGCUGAGCAGGAGCAUAGAAACUAUGCUGGUUUUCUUGCCGUGGUUCUUGGUGGGAUUAUGAAGCCCAAGUACCUGAGACAAGCAGCAACUGCAAGGCUCUCGGAGCUUGAAAAUUUCAUUUCUAGACAAGUUGAUCAUUUGAAUUCGGAUGACGUCCAUGAACGUGAAGCUGCCAAAGAUCUCCUUGCGAAUGAGUUGCAUCCUCAUGCUCACAAAUUGAUGAUUAGGAAUAUUCAAAAGGAUCUAAAUAUUCUAAUCAAACGAAAAGAGAAAAUUCAAGCUAAAAUGAACCUGGGUGAGUUGCCAGUUUCAAAUUCACGAGAAUAUUUGUCUGUUAAAUACAUCACAUUACUUGAUUCCUAUCUUAGCAUUAUUAUUGGGUUUCUUAAUUUUGGUGAGCCAGAUGUGAAUUUUGCUCUCAGUGUUGAUCUUAAAGUUAUAGCCUUGAAAAUAAUCUCUCUUUUCAAACCAAUUGCUCUUGGAUUGGAGACUUCCAAUAACUUGACUGGCGGGGAGGAUGUUGCUGUUACACGUUUAAAAAUUAAAGUUUGUAAAUUUAUUCAGAAAUUAUCAGACAAUGCAGUGGCUUUGGUGAUCCGUGGUUGCUCUAUCAAAUGGCGCUGUGAAUUGAUCCAGCUGCUUGCACGUUGGUUGGACGUUGUCUGCUUUGGAUCCUCAGUAAAUGCAGAUGACAAAUUGUUUAACAUUGGAGAUAUUGCUGCCGCCCGGGCUAGAACGCGUCAUGAGAUGGAUUCCUUUGUGUAUUUCGAAUUAGUUCUUGAAUGCCUCAGAGCUAUUGCUUCGUUAUUUAAGGAGACACCAAUCUAUGCUUUUGGUGCCCAGUAUUCCAGUGAAAUUUUGAAUGUUAGAACAACCCAAUUCCUGAACUACUUUAACCUUUUCUCAAGAGUAUUAGAAAGUUGCUUAGCCAGAGGAUCUUUGCCUGGAUCGAACGCUGCAUUAUCUGCGGUUGAACGGAAAGUUGAACUAAUCAAGGAACAGGUAAUCGUGGCUCUUAGUAAUAUGUUGGAAUAUAACUAUGACAUCGGAAUUGAUUAUGCCCUACCGUUGUCCUUCCAUGCUGACAUUAAGGUCAAGCACUCAUUUUUGGUGGUUUUCAGCAAUAUUAUCGAGACUAUUCAAUCAUCAAAGAGAAGACUAACUCCUGAGUUUGAGGCUGCUUCUUUUGCUCUGUUUGCUGAUAAUUUUUGUCAGAGCAGUGAUUUAUUGAUUGCUGUCGCCAGAGGGAUAUUGUCAACCGAUUAUGAUAGGUUCGCUAAUAGUUUGUUAGAGGCUUUGAUUAGUGUGAACCUAGAAAUCCCUAAGAUUACUGACUUAUUGGAAUUUGAACUUGAAAUAUCUAGUCCAAGUAAAGUGACUGAUACAUUACGUCGCACUUCCGUUCCGGCAAAAAUGCUAUCAUUAUACGCAAAGCAAGUAGGCAGUGAUUAUAUUCAAGGAAUUCUACGACCAGUGUUUGCCGAGAUGCAAAAAAAGAACGACUGGUUUGAAGUAGAGAAGUUGCAGAAAGACAAUGAUUUGAUCAUUGAAGAAAAUGUUACCAAGUUUUUCUAUUACUUGAGAGCCACAAUAAAAAAUAUUUGUGCAUCCAUAGACGUCAUACCAAUAGAGCUUAGGGCCUUAUGUGCCAAUUUGAGGAGAUUGGUUGUCAAUAAGAUCCAUGAUGAUGGGGUCGCAUUGCUUGUGAUUAGUUCCUUUUUGUUUUUGAGAUUUCUUUGUCCUGCUAUUGUCAGUCCAGAAAUUGAAGGUGUUAUUGAUAAUAGCCCGUCUAAGCGGGAAAAGAGAUCUUAUAUGCAAAUAGCUAAGGUAUUCCAGAAUAUUGCUAAUGAUUCGCUUUCCUCCAUAAGAUGGCAUUUGUUGAGUGAUAAAAAACAAGAAUUGAUUUCUUUGAAGAAAGAUUUGUUCGAAUUUUUAGAUAUUGUAUCAAAGGAUAUUGUGCCACAAAGUGUUUUGCCAAAGAAAAAUAAAUUUAUCAUCAGCAAAUCUUCUUUGUCUGUGCUUUAUUCUAUAUUGAUUCAUAGAAAUAUUGAAAUUGGACUAAAUAUGAUGCAUCCAAUAACCAAACCAAAGGAUUCUCUUAAAGAGGUGAUGAAGAAUAUUAAUGUCCUAGAAAUGAUCUCUAUUGACAUAGGCCAGAAAUAUUUGACAUUUUCUCCUGAGAUUCCAGAUUUCAUCAGGAACAAUAAAGAGAAAUUUACAGAGGCUUAUGAUUUGUUCAUCAAAUUCAAGGACUCUGUGGAUCCUAAUUUGCUUGCCACCCCUUUUAUUACUCAAAGUUAUACUAGAAAUGGUACAUUAUUGGUUACAUUCUCACACAAAUAUUUUCAGAAAGUUGCAAAAUAUGACCUUGAAUCCCUUGUUUACCGCGCCCUUCAGAUUUGUGAUAGUAAGUGGAAUGAACCAUUUGUGAUGGUCGUCGAUUGCUCCUUUUUUGACAUAAACAUCUCACAAAAAUUCGCAGAAUUUUUCGCUUUCAUGACAAAUGUUGCUACUAAUUUCUGGGCAGAAACUAUCACUAUUAUUUACUAUAAUGUCAAUCCAAUGUAUUCCCCUUUCUUGGAAAAGUCGUUGCAAAAAUAUGAACUGUCUGUCCGUGAAUACAGAAAAUUUAAUUGCCUUUUCUACUCUCCAUUUGAUAGUAUUACUACUCUUGAAAUUGCUGGUCUUCCAAAGGCUUCUCUUGACGUAGUCAGGGAUACACAAAUCACCAUAGAUUGUUUGAUAUAUUCGAAGGAAUUAGAUAAAUAUGUGCCAGUGGUGAUUAAGAUUGGGAAAGUGCAUGUGUUUUGGAGUUAUCAGUUUUUGAAAUUCAACUACGGGGGAGAGCAACAAAAUGUUCGUGUUACGUCGACAUCCACAGUUGAUGAUUGGGUUGACGUCACUGACGAGAAUUUCAUCAAUAAUGACGGAAAUGAGUUUCUGGUCACAGUCAAGGGUCAUGGCAUUCUACAUCUUUCUUCCUCUAAGAAGUCUGAGAUAUUGAAGAAUUUGUUUUUAGCAAGAUUGACGAAUAGGGUUAGUGAUGCAGUAGAUUAUUAUCCAAUUAACUCGUCUGAAUACCAUUCUGCGGACUCAUUCUUGGGAUCAAUGCUAGCAUCGGUUCUUUUGAAUAUGGUUUCCAGUGCGGAAGAAGUUAGACGUGUCGCUUUCAAUUCACUUGUUUUGAUUAUUGAUUUUUACCACUUAAAGGUUGAUAAAAGUAUAAUAGCAGAUGGUACAACAUUCCCAAAAGAUUUCAUUCCAUAUGUCUUGAAUAUUGCGAGUACUAUCGCAAAAAAUCAUCCUGAAUUAACAAGUGAUUUUAUUUCAGCAAUCACCGAAGGUUACGAAUCGUCCGAAAGUAAGUAUUGCUGCUUGAUGUUGCUUUCCUUGUGGAUUAAAAAUAUUUAUGAUCAAUACUAUAAAGUCAACCGUGUGUUAGGGACUCAAAAGGUUGAGGAUAUAAUCCAUCAAUUUAUUACUAAGAUUCCACCAGCCGGUGAUGACUUGCUCUUAACCUUCAAGACUUUUAUUUGGAAGAGCACAGUUGUUGACUCUAACUUAGUGGAGUUUGCUGUAACUGAUAUAAUUCGCGAAGCUUUGAAAAAGGAAGUACAAAGCGAGCCUUGGGAUAAUAUUAAUUCGGUGAUUUCUUUUUUUCCAACAAUUGAUGUUUGUGGCUUGGUAAUCAAGCAGUUAAAGCAAAUUGUGGACAUUCCUAAUUUCAAGAAUGAUAGACAGGUCUCUAUUAACAUCACUUGGGUUAAGACUAAGAUUCUUGUUAAAAUAUGCGAAUCCUUAGCUUUUGAUGCCUUAUUCAUUGCUGAGACUUACUUCCCAGAGAUUUGUUUUAUUGUUUCUAUGUUGAUUAAUAUUGGUCCUUAUGAUUUGAGAAUUUCUGUUCGUAACUUGAUAAUCAAUGUUUUCCAUUCAUUCCUUAGUAAAGAAGGAUUGUCAGAGGUUGCUAGAGACCAUGUUUUGAAAACGAUCGACGAAUUUUCUGGUCCUGGAUCUAAAGUGACUUUUGGGUUGGUAAAAUUAAAGAAUGAAUCUUACGAUGUACUUUCGAACCGUCCAGACCAAGUUUUCGGUGCUUAUAAACACUUGGAAACAUUUUGUGUCUCACUUUUGAAAUUCAUUGAGUUUCAACCUUUCAAUAUUAGAAGUGUUUGGAAAGGGAGAUGGUCCGGCUACGUGUUAAGCGCGGCAUUUAGACAACAUGGGCCACUACAGGGAAGAGGGGUUUUAAUUAGUGGUAUGUUGUGUAAGUCAGGUAUUUCAGAUUCGGUUAUCAUCGAAUAUUUCAGAAAAAAUAGAAUCUGGAUUAGUGAUUACGGAUAUUCUGAUUUCAUCGUGGGCGUGUGCUUACUUUUGACAAUUUCCAAUUUUUCUGAAGCUUUAACUAAAAUUUCACGAUACUGGGGAGUAUUGUUCUGGGUUGGGAUUGCUCAUUGCAACUCAACUAAUACAGUUCAAUUUCAAAGCUCUUUAAAAAUCGUUAAAAAUCUCAUUACUGGUAUGUCUAAAAAUGGCGUGGUUGAUAAAAACACUGACUUAUUCGCUAAAAUUCAAGAAUUCAAGACAGAAUCGAUUGACUUUGUGACAGAUCUUGAGCAGUCGUUUAAGUUAUCGUUUGAUUCAGAGUAUAGUGAUCAUAUUUUGAUUUCUUUCUGUGCCAAAGGAUUGCAGGUUCCUUAUAUCAAAAAAAAUGGGUAUGAUCUCUUAUGCAUCUUAUUCAAAAUUAGACUAGAAUAUGAUUUGGAGCAACAGAAGGAGAGGAUUGCGAAUGGGGAAAAAUUAGAAUCGAAUGCCAUUGCCUACUUGUGUUUCAUAUUUAUUAGCGGAAUUCAUGGUGAAGACUACGAAAAAGUAAUGAAAAGUUGUGGCUUGGAUAAUUCCGAAAAUGUUAGUACCACAGAGAUUGAUAUUCCACGCGUGAUUAUUGAUUUUUUUGCAACUGAAGAUGAGCAUGCAGCUCUCACAAUGUUCCAACUUGGGUCUUAUUUCUCUCAUAAGAACACUGACGCUUCUUCAAAAUUGCGUUUCUUGUUGUUGUUGAAUGUUUUGAACGAUUAUGCCCCUGACAUCGUCUUCUACGGAUACUUGAACACAAGCGAGACUCUUGUUAAGGAGAUUGAAGUUAAUGGGUCAAUCGAAAUUCUUCAAGCUGCUUACAAAGUUGUCGAAAAUGCUGGUAGUCAUUCAGCUUUCGAAAACCCAGAAUGUAUCAAGGAUAAAUAUGAUGAAAUAUUUGAAAAGAAUAACAUUAGUGGUAUCAAGAAUAAUAGCUUCCCUGAUGAAGAUCCGAUGAGCCCAAAAGCUGUUCAAAAAGUCUUCAUGGACCCAUUCCACCAAAAGGUUUCAAAUUUCUAUGCUACAAAGGCAAAUGCUUACGCUAGAGUUGAUUGA